GUCGAAGACACGGAAGAAGAGGUGCCAGCUGAGCAGGCAGAUGAAGCGCAGCCAGCCGAGGAGGAGCAAGCUGAGGAGAAGCCACCUGAGAAGCAGCCAGCUGAGGAGGAGCAGGCACUUGCAGACCCUGAAGCUGGGCAGACGCAAGGUGAGAUUGCGGAGCUGCUCGCGUCGCAAGAGCAACCGGCAUGCAUUUUGCGCAAGAAGAUCUGCGAUCCGCUUGCAAAGGGAAUUCGGAUCACCUACAACGGCACGAUGAUCACGUGUGCCAACUGCAGGGUGCGCGACCAGACGCUGCGGAGGAUCUUCGGCGGGUGGCCGAUUGCGGAGUUUGACGAGCUCCGCAAUGAGGAGCAGGAUGGAUUCUACAAGGAAUGCGGCUGCACCGCUGCCGCCUGCCGCGACGCAGUGAAGCAUAUGCUCAUGCAAGUGCGAAGGAAGCGUAUCACGGACACCCACAGUGGGCAAUACUUGCCACUGUCCGUGUACGAGAAACUGGGCUACAACACGGAUGACAUCGAGCAGAAAACGGCAGCGGCAGACAUCGAGGAUCACCCCGUUCUCGGGAAGACGCGCCGAGUUGUGACCCACUCGAUCUCUGGGGCCAGGAUCAGGGAGGUCACCCGGCAGGAGGAGGGCGAGGAGGCUGCAUGCGGCAAGCUGCCCGGGCAGAAGCCGGAGAAGAAGUUAAGUUCAAAGAAGCGCAAGAGCGGCAGCAGCAGCUCCAGCGAUUCGAGCUCCGACAAGAAGAAAAAGAAGAAGGGCGCACAGUCAAGGAAGGGCAAGCGGUCCAAGAAGAGCAAAAAGUCCAAUAAGGGCAAGAAGUCGAAGACGGAGGCUGAGGGUGAGUUAUCGGGAUCGGACGCGGGCCUCUCGCCAGAGGAGCUGUUAGCCAAGCGCAGGGCCAAGGUCGCAGCUGAGAAAAAGGCGGCCCGCGAAGCUGAGAAGCAGCAGGAGCUGCUUGACAAAGAGCUGGCCAAGGAGCAGGCCGCCCAGAAGAGGGAGGAGCAGAAGAAGCGCACGAAGGGCCUGCAGGUCGUUCACAAGGUGCUGGCGGCGGUGAAGCCGUUGCUGAAGAAGACGGCAACGCUGCUGGCAGAUGAUCGCUUGAAGAAGGCGCCGAAGACGCACACGGGAAUGUCGGGCAAGAAGCAGGAGUUCCUGAACGUAAUUGCGAAGCACUGCAAUAGCUGCCUGGAGGACGAGAGUAUGAUCCCAGAGAUCAAGGAGAACGAGGUUAAGACUGCCGUCAGCUACAUGGCGACGUGGAUGAAGACCACGACCGCAGC